UUUUUUCCCGAUUCGAUGAACACAGUCAACUCUUUUUUAAUCGUUUCUGCUCUUGUUUUAGUGUCGAUAAGUGUCACUGAAUGUCGAGAUCCUUUCAAUGUCUUGAUGUCCCCGAACUUAGUCGGUGGAAAGGUCCCUACUUUAUUCGAUGUCGGGUUAUAUAUCGGUGCGAUCAAAGGCUCAGGUCCGAGCGGUCCUGGUGAGGGACACAAGCAGACCCUCGGUGGCAUUAAGAACUCCGGUCCGAACCCUGGUGUGGGACAUAAGUUAACUAACGCUUUCGAACUCGGGGGAAUAAAGAAUUCUGGUCCCAGCAAUGGUGGUGAGGGACACGAGUUCCACGAUAGUCGAACCUUGGGUGGCAUUAAGAACUCGGGUCAGAGCCCUGGUGAGGGACAUAGCUCGAUCCUCGGCGGCAUUAAGAACUCGGGUUCGAACAGGGUGACUGUUAGCAUCAACCUUGGAGGCAUAAAGGAUUCUGGUCCGAGCCCCGGUGUGGGGAACAAGUUCACUGAUAGUCGAACUCGAACCCAUGGAGACAUCAAGGACUCCGGUCCAAGCCCUGGUGUGGGAAAUUGAGGGCUCUUGUCCGCGCCAUGGUUCGAGCCGAACACCGGGAGAUAACAAUGUUUCUGGUGCGAGGCUUGGUAAAACAGAGUAGGGUUAUCAUGCUUACAGGUAGCAGUAUACAUUUAGCAACAAAGAUUUGUUUUGUAUUAUAAAUUCAUUUAUUUAGUUCAUUAUCAUUAAUUUUUUU